AUGGACAAACCUGUCGGCGACAAGCUCUCGGUUCCAAUCCUGGAGCGCCAGUCGCUAUGCCUUCCCAGUGUCGAACCCGGUGUGCCCUUGCACCACGGAGACGCGGGCUUCGUCGAGAACCUCUCCACGCAUUUUGCUCCCGCUGAGAGUAAUGCCGCGGAGAAACUGGUGGCCCUGAAAAAGGAGUUGAGGGCUGCAGACACCGAGACCUUCUGGAGAAGACUGAUGGAGGGAAUGACCGACAUCAGCCAGGCUCAAUACGGCUUUGUCGCCAAACGCAUCUUGACAGACGACCAGAAUUCGGCCGUGGAGAUGCCGCCGUUGGGUGAACCCGGCUCGUGCCUCUUAGGUGUCGCCUACUACUACAACGACGGCGGCCGCCAGACCGCCCUGCAUCGAGACUACAAAUACCUGGCAUGGGGUGCUCCUUGUGGCCAUAUGAAGCACGACAAGGUCUUCCUCAUCCCGGAGCACAUGACGUCCUUUAUUACACAUAACCCCAAUGCAUUUCCCUUUCCUGCCGAAGGAUACAUGGGGGUGCCACUGUUUGCCGAUGGCAAGUGUUUCGCCCAUUUCGGCCUCAUGUGGUCGCAGGAGGGUCUCGACAAACGCGAGAAUUCAUGGAGCUACAUUGAGCUUCUUCUCCAUUCUUUAGAAGACCUAAUCACCCAGCGCCUGGUGGCUGGCGAAGGGUUUGCCAAGUCUCAGUGCACAAACACACCACGACCGAAUCAGGUUAUCCCACGAGAGGCGGUCAUGGCCAAAACACAGUCUCUGAAACCCUUUGCCAAGAGCAUGUCUCAUGAAUUGAGAACGCCAAUGCAAGGCGUGGUGGGAAUGCUCGAUGUCAUGCACGCAACUGUUCAAGAGCAGAUAGAAGGCUGCUCGAGUCCCGACAUUCGUCGUGUUUUCCAGUCCUUGAAGGAGAACAUCGAGACAGUCCAAGACAGUUCGAAACGAGCUGUGGAAGCCGCCGACAAUGUGGUCCAUGCAUAUGAUAUGAACAUGGAGAUCCCAGACACCCCGUUGAACGACAAUGAUCCUCCCGCGGCAGCUACUAGCGGUGGCGGAGGUUAUUUCGACUACAAACCUGCCCGGCUGAUAGAAGGCAGCGACAUCCAUGUGAACCACUCAUACAAGCGCCGGCGCAGUAGCCCGAUAGCGUGGCAUUUUGGGAACACCUCGAAGAUUCGGCAAUUGAGUCGUUCAUCUCACAUGGACGUUUCCCCCAGGAGCGUAACCUCACACCCUGCUCAUUCCACAACACCCUAUACCGCCUCCUCCGAUGACCGCGUGGCAAACAUCUUCACCCCUGUGCCUGACACCGUCACACCUAGCGACCUUAACACGCCGUGUACUAAAAUAUCCAUGGACAGUGAUGCAUUCCCGACUCCUGGACUCAAAAACUGCAAGAUACGCGACUUAGUUCCUCUGGUAAUACAUGAAUCUCUCAGGGUUGGCGGUCGACCCGAUUCUGCCAUUGGAGAGCCAAUAGACAAUGGCGAGAGAAUUACUGUCAGAUCGCGAUAUUCCAACGGCCGAGUCUCGCAGAAAAUGAUAGAGUGGACGGUUGCAGACGAUGUACCAGAGACCGUGCUCGCAGACGAAAGGGACCUGGCGAAACUUGUGUCUGCCGUCUUUCUCAACGCGGUAAAGUUUACUGAAGAAGGUUUCAUCACAAUUUCAGUACGAUUGUCGAACAACCUACGCUAUCUAUCCAUAACGGUCAAGGACACCGGUGACGGCAUUCCGAAGGACUUUCAACCGGAGCUCUUCAAACCUUUCUCUCGAGAAGAUGAUUCUUUGACUCGAUCAAAAGAAGGAUUGGGACUUGGGCUCUUGGUCGCCAAAGGACUGGCCAGACGUCUUGGCGGAGACAUCACUCUUGUCAGGUCGGAAGUGUCAGGACCCUUUCGCGGCUCUGAAUUCGAGAUCAAGAUACCUCUGGAACCAGGUGAUUCCAGCAGUCGAGUCAGUACACCAAGAAGCAAGACUCCAGAGUUGAUCAAAGGCCAGUCUCGUUCAGCCACGGUUCUGUCAGCCCCAGACCACUGCUGCACCCGGCAGUCAGAGCAUGUGAAUGAACAAUCAAAGUCUCCCGACGCCUCUAACGGCUUCACGCUAAUGCCAGUACCCAAGUUUACCGACCACAGCGCCGCUGGUACAAGCCCUCGCCUGAAGUCCGCGCGGACCCGCUUAACCGUCCGAACCGAAUCCUAUGACCGAAACCUUGCCCAGAAGCAUCCGCUUACAUUCCUAGUCGCCGAGGACAACAAGAUCAACAGGAAACUUCUGGUCAAUAUGCUUGGCAAAUUGGGAUACAAAGAUGUCCACGAAGCAUACGAUGGUAAGGAGGCAGUUAGAAUCAUGAGAGAAUUGUAUGACUCGGCCAAAAAGGGUCGGCCGGCCACGAACCAUAAAAAGAAGAGCGUCGAUGUCAUCUUGAUGGAUUUGUGGAUGCCAGAAAUGGACGGUUAUGAGGCUACUGAGCACAUCUUGGCCAUGUUUCAAAACCCAGAUCCCUCGAAAAUCGACGCGACAAACGCACCAAUCGUGCUUGCAGUCAGCGCCGACGUCACGGAUGAAGCCAUCAACCGAGCCACGCGCACUGGGAUGGAAGGAUUUAUGACAAAGCCAUACAAAUUGAUGGAUUUGCAAAGGUUGAUUGUGGAAUUCUGCAUUCGAAACAGUGCCAACUAG